AUGGAGGCCCACAAGGUUCUGAAGGAUGCUGGAUAUAAAGUCAGGUCAUACGGUACGGGAACGUCAGUUAGAUUACCAGGACCGACGAUAGAUCAGCCGAACGUUUUUGAUUUCGGAACACCAUACACAUCGAUUUUAGACAAACUCAACACCCAAGACCUGAGAAUUCAUAAGGCCAACGGAGUGUUGGACAUGACGAAACGUAAUAUUGCAAUUAAAAAGGCUCCUGAAAGAUGGCCGUAUUUCAACCAGCCUCCACAAAGACUGCCGGCGAGCGCGUAUCCCGAGUUCGAGAACGAGCUCGAUUUCCAGGUGGUGAUAACGUGCGAAGAACGGUGUUUCGACUCGGUCGUGGAAGAUUAUCUGGGACGGAACUACUUUGACCCCAGCCAAACACAGAUCCCUGUUCAUUGCUUCAACGUGGAGAUCAGAGAUGAGCAUAGAAGCGCGUUGUCGGGUGCACAGGCGAUACUGGACCUGGCAAACCUGCUUUCCACCGCAUACCAACAAAGUUUACUAGAUUUCAGCUCGACACCCUUUGACGACAAAGUUUUGGACAUUAUCACCGAAUGGCAGGAACACCACCCAACUCUACCAAUACUCUACUCUAUUUGUUACCAUUGA